AUGGAACAAUCAGGCAUUCUUUGGCUUCUUUUCCCUCUACUUUUUUCCCUCUAUCUCUGUCUGCACAAGCUUACACUGACAUACAAGUCCUGCAGAUUCAGACCCUUUGGUUCUGAGAAGCCAAGGCUUCCCCCUGGGAGAACGGGGUUGCCUCUACUAGGUGAAAGUUUGGAUUAUUUAUUUAAAGUAAAACAAGCAAUCCCUCGUAUGUUUGUCGAGGAGAGGAUGAACAAGUAUUCCUCUAAAAUUUUCCCGACAUCAUGGAUUGUUGAGCCGAUGGCAAUUCUCUUGGUGCUGAGGGGAACAAAUUUCUCUUCACUAACGAGGGAAAUGAUUCGCAAGGGGGAUGGGCUUCGAGAAAACGUUGAAUUUAUGGAUGAGGUGAUGAAACAGCAUGUGCAAAGUGAUCGGGAAAACAAAGUACAAGUCACGGCUGAUGAUAUGGCAAAUAGAUACGUUUUAACUUUGGCAUGUAAAAUAUUCUUAGGCAUCAAUGAUCCAGGGAAAAUUGAUGAACUUGCAGAGGGAAUGAAGGAAAUAGUGAAUCGUCUUCAUUCGAUGCCCAUAAAUUUUCCGGGAACAGCUGCUAGUCGUGGUAUCAAGGCAUCCAAGCUCAUGCAUAGAGCGGUUAAGGCAAUGGACUUCAUGUCACGCAUGCUCCUUGCAACAGAUGAUAAUGGUCAUUUCUUCAGUGAAACAGACAUAGCUAGCCAUUUAGUUGGUUUAGUGCAGGAGCAAAAAGAAAUUGCAGAUUCAAAGGAGGCAAAAGAUAAACGUAGUUGGGAGGAUCUGAGGAAGACGAAGUAUUCAUGGAAAAUUGUGCGUGAAGCGCUAAAACUAAUGCCACCAGGAAUUGGAAGUUUCAGAGAGGUUUUAACUGAUUUCACCUAUGAAGGAUACACAAUUCCAAAAGGCUGGAAGAAUAUUUUCCUGAUCCUGAAAAUUUUGAUCUAUGAUUUGACGGAGAUGAUCCAGUUCCUUGUACAUUUGUUCCAUUCCGGGGAGGACCUCGAAUGUGCCUUGGGAAUACUUAUAUUCAAGCAUAAUAUUGUGAACAAAUUCAGAUGGGAAAAGCUGAUUCCUAAUGAGAAAGUUGCCUAUAAUUUAGUUCCCAAGCUAGCUCAGGGACUUCCAAUUCGGGUCCAUCCUCACAAGCCAUGA